GAAAAUAAAGAACUCCAUUACCCAUAAACCCUUCUGUUAAUGCGUCACACUAGAGAAAUUUAUCAUGGAGGACUCCGUUGCUGUUGAGAAGAGCCCGGAGGAGGCGCCCUCAGUCCUGAGCUCCAGACCUCAGACUGCUCUGUCCUUCCUGGCACCAGAACCAGAGGAUCUGGAGGACCUCUACAGCAGAUACAAGAAGCUGCAGCAGGAGCUGGAGUUCCUGGAGGUGCAGGAGGAGUACAUCAAGGAUGAGCAGAAGAACCUGAAGAAGGAGUUCCUUCACGCUCAGGAGGAGGUGAAGAGGAUACAGAGCAUCCCUCUGGUCAUCGGCCAGUUCCUGGAGGCUGUGGACCAGAACACCGCCAUCGUUGGCUCCACCACAGGGUCCAACUACUACGUGCGAAUCCUGAGCACCAUCGACAGAGAACUGCUGAAGCCCAACGCCUCGGUGGCUCUGCACAAACACAGCAAUGCUCUGGUGGACGUCCUUCCUCCGGAGGCCGACAGCAGCAUCAUGAUGCUGACUUCAGACCAAAAGCCAGACGUGAUGUACGCCGACAUCGGAGGCAUGGACAUCCAGAAGCAGGAGGUCAGGGAGGCUGUGGAGCUGCCGCUCACACACUUUGAGCUCUAUAAACAGAUCGGCAUCGACCCCCCCAGAGGAGUCCUGAUGUACGGACCGCCAGGCUGUGGGAAGACCAUGCUGGCCAAGGCGGUGGCCCACCACACCACCGCGGCCUUCAUCCGGGUGGUGGGUUCGGAGUUCGUCCAGAAGUAUCUGGGCGAAGGUCCUCGGAUGGUGAGGGACGUCUUCCGGCUGGCCAAGGAAAACGCUCCUGCCAUCAUCUUUAUCGACGAGAUUGACGCCAUCGCCACCAAGCGCUUCGACGCUCAGACCGGAGCUGACAGGGAAGUGCAGCGGAUCCUGCUGGAGCUGCUGAACCAGAUGGACGGCUUUGACCAGAACGUCAACGUCAAGGUCAUCAUGGCCACCAACAGGGCGGACACUCUGGACCCCGCCCUGCUGCGCCCGGGCCGCCUGGACAGGAAGAUCGAGUUCCCGCUGCCCGACCGCAGACAGAAACGCCUCAUCUUCUCCACCAUCACCAGUAAGAUGAACCUGUCGGAGGAGGUGGACCUGGAGGACUACGUCGCCCGACCCGAUAAGAUCUCUGGAGCCGACAUCAACUCCAUCUGCCAGGAGGCCGGCAUGCUGGCUGUACGCGAGAACAGGUACAUCGUCCUCGCCAAAGACUUUGAGAAAGCGUAUAAGACGGUCAUCAAGAAGGACGAGCAGGAGCACGAGUUCUACAAGUAGAGAGCGUCGCGCUGAAAGGCGUCUGACGGACGCUGAUCUCUGUCCGUUCGUCUGAGUGGAUUUAUAACCUGGUCAGGCCUGACUCCGCCCACAGACACGCAGCCAUGACUUCUGCUGCUUCCUUCAGCAUCAGACCCUGACUGUAGCUAUAGUUUGUUUCUGUGUGCUCAUUAAACAAGGUGUUAAUAAAAUAAGAAAUAAAGACGUUUUCCAAAGAAAG